AUGGGUGCCGCAAUCGCUGCUUUAAAUUCCCAACAACAAGAAGCUCAACGCUUAGAAAGGGUUGAAAGGAAAGUUUUUAAGGAUCCGGACAAUGCUUUCGAUAUUUCGGACAGGAAGUUCAUAAAAAUUUUCAGAUUAUCAAAGAAUACCGUUAUGAACCUAACGGAUGACAUCGAACAUUGUUUUCCGCCUGGAGGAAUUCCACCUCAUUUGCGAGUUCUUGCAGCUUUACGAUUUUAUGGGACUGGAUCGUAUCAGGAAUCUGUGGCCGGUGAUGAGUACAUACGUCUCAGUCAAAAGUCGGUCAGCAGGUGCAUCCACGAUGUGUCAUCGGCUAUAAGCAGUGAAGUCAUGCCAAGGCAAAUUAGAUUCCCAAGCACGGAAGAGCAGGAGCAGAUAAAGCGAAGGGUUUAUCUAAAGCACAAUUUUCCUGGCGUGAUUGGCACUAUAGAUUGCACUCAUGUAAGAAUAGUUGCACCUGCUGAAGACUCAACCGAGAUCCGGCAAAUGAGUUUUUUUAGCAGGAAAGGCUUCCACUCGCUCAAUGUUCAACUGAUCGCAGAUGACUCUUUAUUGAUCCGCUCUGCGAAUGCCAGAUACCCGGGGAGUGUCCACGAUUCAUUCAUUUGGAAAAACUGCAUUGUGAGGUCCCACUUAACCAGUUUAAGGAAUCAAGGGCGUAGAAAUUUUUGGUUGCUUGGUGAUUCCGGCUAUCCACUCGAACCCUGGCUCCUCACCCCACAUGCAAAUCCAGAUGAAAACAGCAGAGAAGAACGAUUCAACCGUCGUUUUUGCACCAUAAGAUCUGGUGUGGAAAGAUGUAACGGUGUUCUCAAAGGACGCUUUCGUUGUUUGAUAAAAGACAGAGCCCUCCACUACGAACCUGAGGUUGCUGCAAAUAUUGUUUAUGCAUGUGCAACAUUGCAUAAUAUAUGCAUUAGGCAAAAAAUACCUCUGCUAGAUCCCGAGCAACCUGAUGAUAGAAGGGAAGAGGAAGAUGAUAAGCCUGAGCCUGAUGACAGUGCAUAUGCAGCCUCUCUAUUCAAUAUUGGCAAAAAAAUUAGGGAUAGCAUUACCUUACGUUUUUAA